AUGUUCUGUUUGAACCCAAAUUGGACUGUUUUCGAGAACUGCACUCAUUUGCAAAACAAUUUGGUUUUCACGCGAGAGACACAACUGAAUCUCUCUCGGUCUGCACAGUACCCGGAUUUCCGUCAACCUAACGUUCUACUUGAAACCAAAUUGCACGAAAUUAGCGAAUGCACACUCACUUGCAAACUAAUUUGGUUUUUCGAGAGACUCAUUUGGAACCCGGCUGAAUGUCUCGUUUGUGAUGUUCUCAGGCAACUGAAUGUGCUGCACCAAGCCGCCUCAUGUUUCGGUCGCUACGAUAUUCGACGUAUCGCGAUACAUGUUGCUGAAAAUCCGUCGACAGCUCACGACCGGUUUCGCCCUAUAUGGGGCUCAUCAGGUAUGCGCAGUCCUUUGAGAACAUCACAAACGAGAGAUUCAGCUGGGUUCCAUAAUCUACUAAGUUGCAAACUAAUUUGGUUUUUCGAGAGACUCAUUUGGAACCCGGCUGAAUGUCUCGUUUGUGAUGUUCUCAGGCAACUGAAUGUGCUGCACCAAGCCGCCUCAUGUUUCGGUCGCUACGAUAUUCGACGUAUCGCGAUACAUGUUGCUGAAAAUCCGUCGACAGCUCACGACCGGUUUCGCCCUAUAUGGGGCUCAUCAGGUAUGCGCAGUCCUUUGAGAACAUCACAAACGAGAGAUUCAGCUGGGUUCCAUGUGAGUCUCUCGAAAAAACAAAUUAGCUUGCAAAUGAUACCCCUGAAACCUACCAACAUUUCAUUGAAUGUACUUCGGGAUGAGAAAAAAAUUCACGUGACAUGGAAUGACUCCGAAAUUUGUCCGGCCACCAAGUUUACCGUCCUUCUGUCGGCCGGCAAACAAAAUUCUAACGUCAUAUCCGCGAAACCGGAGAUUUAUCUGGAUUGGGUCACUCCAUGCACUUCACACUACAUAUACGUCUCAAGUGAGAAUAUUCACGGAGGAAGUGGACGGUCGGAAGGAGUCAAACUGUCCCUUCCACGAGUACCCCUGAAACCUACCAACAUUUCAUUGAAUGUACUUCGGGAUGAGAAAAAAAUUCACGUGACAUGGAAUGACUCCGAAAUUUGUCCGGCCACCAAGUUUACCGUCCUUCUGUCGGCCGGCAAACAAAAUUCUAACGUCAUAUCCGCGAAACCGGAGAUUUAUCUGGAUUGGGUCACUCCAUGCACUUCACACUACAUAUACGUCUCAAGUGAGAAUAUUCACGGAGGAAGUGGACGGUCGGAAGGAGUCAAACUGUCCCUUCCACGAGAUUUCGAUCCACCUCGCAAUAUCCGAAUCAGUCCAAAUCACACCGAGUCUCGGAUAACAGUAACUUGGGAGAAAAACAGGGAAUGUAGCAGCACUCAGUACGAAAUAUCUAUUUACGAUACGAACAGUGAAGUUGUGAACAGAACACUGUUUGGCAACUCACCGGGCGAAAUCACUCAGCUACCGAAACGUGCGUCAAUGUUUCUAACCAUACGAACACGGGGUCUCUGGUGGGUUGGUGACGAAUCAGACAAACAGGAAUUCCACCUCCAUGAUCGUGAGUGA